AUGAUGAUGCAUUACAACAACAAGAAAAACGAGGCGCAGUUGAUGCGACGGGUGACCAGCAUGGACGCGUUGGUUCGCGGUCGCAGCAGACUUCCUCGACCUCGCAGCAACGAUGACAUUUCUUCCGCUGGAUCUAAAUUCAGCCGAGCCUCCUCGUUGGGCAGACACCGGGCCAAGCGCGCUUCACUCAAAGAUGGAGCCACCAAUGACCCUCUCGCUAGCCAACCCAGUUGCAGACCCCGAGUUAGGCGUGAAAGGGCGACUUCGGCGGAAGUUGUCUCUGGCCAUGGCCAAAGCGAAAGCCGCACAUGGGUAGUUGGAAGACUCUCCAUGAUGCUACUCUUGUUUGUCACCUUUUCUGACUUGGCCCUCACAGUGGUAAACAACCAAAUGAAUACUAUCGAAAGUCAUGAUGAUUACGACGCCCUGUCUCCAGAUGUCAUUCGACCAGCCUUUCUGUACAAGACAUCUGUCCCCUCCCUUGAAAAACCAACCAUUGGCUUGGGCAGUGCCGCAAUCUCGAGCAUUACUGACGCUCUUGGUCCAAUUUUACCUUUCACUGGUGGAGUCGAUCUGCGACGAAGCGAAUACUACGAUUCCGGCAAUUUCUUCGAAAGCGUGUCAGCUCUGGUACAACAAACUUUUGAAGCUUAUGCCAAUGCUAAAGAAGCGUCGACUCCAACUGAUGCUGUCGUUGAUGAAACUGUCACAGCCAAGAAGACGAAAAUGAAUUCUAAAUCAAAGAAGGAUAAGAAGAAACACGCAUCAACACUUGGAGGAUCACAGUCAUUUGUACCCCUCAAAGAUAUCGCUGAACUGACAUUGGAGGAUGUUGUGAGCGUUUUCGAAUAUGCCAUUGGCAGCACUCAGCAAGGGUUCAACCAGGGAAAGUUUGCGAGCAAGUUGUUGCCGCGAGUAAAGACUGUGAUUGAAGGCAUGGACAGUGCAGUCACUAAGGCGCGCGGAAAGAACGUAAAGGUUGUCAAGAGGCACCCUUCGGAUUCUGCUCAAUCAGGCGAGAUGGAUGCCUUCAUGUUUUGUGCUUCGAGUCGAAUUUUUGCCGAGUGGCGAAUCCUCCGACAAGUCCCUGAGGGAUUCAAGGGAUAUGCAGUUGGCAUGAGCCUGGGACAGAAGGAUGUUGUCCAAAAUGUGGUCAAGAUUGAACGUGCAGCUCAGGCAUGGAUUGAAGACCACAUCGAGGAUGCGGGCUCCGAGGUUAGCAGCCCGACCCUGCGCGAUGUCCUUGAAUAUGAAAUUGUCCUCGGGGAACACCCAAACUUGCCCCGACUGAAGGAGACAAGCGGUGCCAUGGGACUUUUGUGGGUCCGCCGACAGUUGCAGUACCAAACUGCCAUUUUUCAAAACAUUUUGGAGGUGCCCACCAGGUUUCCCACCUCAACAGAUGCCGUUACGGCAGCAUACACUCAAAUCUACGGAAACUUGCACGGUUGGGCGGUGCAGAAAAUUUUCAACUAUUCGUUCCAAGCAUCGCCCAAUGCUGAGGAGGUCUACAAGUUUAUGAACCCUCAUCGCUUGAAGGAGGUUUUUCUUGAAGCUAGGCGCAUGAAGCCAGCCGUCAACGAUGCCCCAGAUAAUGGUGAAGAAGGCGACACAGUUGAGAAGCCUGAAUCCCUUAACCCACCUGACAACCCAUUUCAUCGUAUUGGUUGGGAGUGGGACAGGUUUAUGAACCACAUUAGCCAACAGCCCGAAUCCCUCAAUCCACCCGACAACCCGUUUCAUCGCAUUGGUUGGGAGUGGGAGAAGUUUGUGGCUCACAUCGUCCAACAUCUUGACGGUCGAAAAGGAGAGAACAAAGGAUAUGCGCACACUGGAGAGGGUCUUGUCGGAGAAGAGUUGGAAGAAUAUGUCGUUGCUGAGAUGAGCAAGGAUGUUCACGAACACAUCGUCUCGUAUCUUUCGGUGGCGGGUCCCCUGCUUGCUGACCUUGCCGAACUCCACGACGAUCUCAACAUGGAUGAUCCAACAAAGGUUUAG